CUACCAGUGUGCUGGCUGUGUUCCUCUCUCUGCUCUCUCCUCUGAAUGUACUUCAUUGGUUUAUUACGGACCAGACACAGCAGCCCAGGAGAGAAGCCGAGCAGAGCUGGGAUAAACGACAGAAGGGACAUUUUUAAAAUCCAAUGAGUAAACAACGGAAAUGAGUGAGAGUACAUCAUUUAUUCGAAUCUUCGUGGGGGUCCUGCUCAGUGCGACAGCUGCAGGUGUAUUUACCUCCUGUCCCAUUGAGUUGAGCCCCCCCAGUGUUGUGGUGAGAUAUGGAGACUCGGUGUCAGUCAACUGCAGCACAUCGGAGAGCCUGUUUGAUGGAAUUGGCUGGGAGGCUUCACAAGGAGGAAAAAGUGUAGAGAAUGUCAACCAUAUGGCCUGGACAGUGGAGAAGCUAACAGAAUGGAAAAUUUCUCCCUCAUGCUACAUCAACCCAUUCCCGAAUAGUUCCUUUCAGCAGUGUUUCAAGUACCCUAAAGUUGUACUUUACACAUUCCCAGAAAACAUCAGUCUCAGCUCCAGCAGUGGCCCACAUAUGGGGAUGCCUGAAGGGAAGAAACAUAACUUCACAUGUGACAUCCAGAAUAUAGCUCCUGUUAUAAAUCUCACCGUAAAGUGGUACAAAGGAGAUGAAAUGGUCUAUGAAGACACUUUUAAAGAUCCCAGUAAGGAACCAGUGGAUCAGUCAUCUAUAUUUAGCCUAAUACCGACCAGACAAGACAACGGAGUAACAUUCAGAUGCGAGGCACACUUGGACCUCCGACCUGAAGGUCCACAACUAAAUGCAUCUUCACAAGAGUAUAAUAUUAGAGUAUUUUUUGGACCAGAGGUUCAAUGCGCUGCUGUACUGGAAGGAGAAACAUUGGAAAGAAGAUGCUCUGUAACGGGAUAUCCUAUACCGACGGUCACAUGGUUGAAAAAUGGAACAUCCAUAGAACCGACCGAGCCUUUGAGCAGGGAGAACGCAGGCAUGUACGACGCUGUAGCUGAAGGCGCUAAUUCAACCACAACGCAACACCGGAUUGAGGUGUGGUAUAAACCAGAGUUGAAGUGUCCGAGCAAUUACACUGCACUGGAGGACGCUCCUCACAACCUUUCAUGCACUGUUGAGGGCUUUCCUAAAGCUGAGGUUUUGUGGUUUAAAGAUGAAGACGAGGUGGCCCUUCCAGAAAGCUUGACAAGAAGUGAUACAGGGCAGUAUGUGAUCACAGCUUCAAACAAUCUGUCAAGUAUCAACGUCACAGUGGAGAUAAAUGUCGUAUACCCACCAUCCCAGAUAGUCGAGCUUGAAGACUCAGAAGUUGAUGUUGGUUCCGAUGUGUGGUUGAAGUGCUCCUCAACGGGCAACCCACGACCAAACUAUCUCUGGGAUUAUUAUCAGACUGCCAAUGUGGUGGAGGAAAAUGAAGAUGGAGUGUCCCGUCUGCACAUCCAUAACGCUACUGUAUACAACAAGGGCUCCUACACAUGUCACGCCAGGAAUGACAGAGGAAAUGUCUCUAAAACAGCCACAGUCACAGUAAAAGGUGCCUGGCAAGAAUGCCCCAUCGUAAUAACUCCGGAGAGGAUGGUGGUACAAUACCAAGACAGAGAGCAACUUGCGACAUGCAAUGCAACAUCAACCGACCACCCUCACUUGAAAGAAAUCUCCUGGCAGGUUCUGCAUGGUGUCAAAAUUGACAGCUCGAGUUGGUCUGUUGACACCCAUAAAGACUGGGACCCAAAGCCUGUUUGUACUGCAAUAUUUGAUGUACAAGGAACAUGCCAGAAACAUUUAAACUUCACCCUCUACAAAACACCAGACAGUGUCUCCGUUUCUACUGUGAAUAACUUGAGCUCAGUGGUGGAGGACAAGGAGUUCCAGCUGCAGUGUGACAUUACCAACGUUGCUCCUGCAGGGAACCUCGUCGUGCAGUGGUACAGAGGGAAUAAAACCUUAUCAAAAGGUUCACUGCGAGUGAGUGGCUGCCUGCCUGAGAACAACACAAAUUGUGACAUCAAUGCUGUCCGGUCCCCGCUGAAUGUGUCGUCUACCAUCAGCUUCACUCUGGACAGAAAUGACAAAAGCGCAGAGUUCAGAUGUGAAGCGAUAUUGGAUCUUGGAGCUGAAGGACCAAAGCCUCCUCCAAACAUGAUGUCCAGUCCUCUGAACAUCACUGUUUACUAUAAGCCCAGCAUUAAUACCACAAAGCUUCCAAAGAGGAUCCCAUUGUUCAGAGGUUAUCCUGAGGAGCUUGUCUGUGAAGCAGAGGGUCACCCCCCUCCGGAGAUCGAGUGGCUCUACGGCGAAGACAAAGUGCCCCACAAGUCUGGAGACACACUCAUUGUGUAUGAAGCCGGCCGCUACACAUGCAACGCCACGAAUGAAAUGGAUUCCACCUAUCAUGCAGUGGAAGUGAUUUUAAAAGAGGACUACCUUCCGCUCAUAGCUGGAUUUGUGGCUGUCACAGUAGUUGCCAUUUCCAUCGUCUUCCUCUUCAUCUACUCAAUCUACUACAAGAACACCAAGAUGCGUCGCUACAGUCUUAAAAAUGCCAAACUUGACACUCAAAGUGGCAACGUAGCCCACUACGGAUGUGACAUGCAGUUUCCUAUGACUAAACUGUCUUAGCAGAACAUCUAUGGGUAGCACAGACUGAACAGCUGACCACUCUGAAUGCAUCUCUCUGCCACCAGAAACUAAAGUGUGACUCAGCCUGCAGGCUCACACUGGACAAGCCUGCAUCUAUUUUCCAACAUACAAUAGUAUUUUACCAUUUAUGGAAUAAUCUAAUCAUACAAAAUAAUAAACCUUGGCUUGAGAUGUAGACUUUUAUAUUUACUACUGGAUUUGACCUUUUCACUGGAAAGGAAGAAGAGGAGCAAGGGCUCAAAAUGCCAAGAAAACUGUUUUAAAUGUAUUUUCACUAUAGAACAUAUUAAGUAUGAUUAUGAAUGUUUUUUGUCCACAUUGGUUUCACCAACGCUUGUGCUUCUCAUUAUGCCCCCUUAAUAUUCACUCAAACUCAGAUCUCAGUGUGAAAUUGUUUUUAAAAACCAAACAUGAUUUUGUAAAGCACAUAGGAAGUGUUGACCCUGAAACUGCAGUGGUUUUAAUUUCUACUAACAGGAAGUUUGCAGUGUUUUCGCCCCUCAGAAGGUGUGACAUUGAAUCAGCUCUUCUCACAGUAUUGCUUGUGCAUUCUAUUCAUUGACCCCAUUGUCCCUUUACUAUUCUUUGUAAGCCACUCUGCACUUCUUUCUGAGUGUGUAGCCUUCUCUGUGCCAGGUGUGACAUUGUGCCUUAUUGUGUCAGGCCUUAUGGGACAAAUUGUCUUGUGCCACAGUUGUAAUGCUUUUGUAUGAAUGACUGCAGGCAUUUAUUGCCUAUUACAAUUUUAGAUUCUGGAUGUUUUAUGUAAAUGCAAAGCAAUUAUAUUUAUUUAUGAGAAACAGCAAAGGUAAAACAAUUUAGUAUUGAACAUGGAGAACAGUCCGGUGUGUAAAUGUAAAUUCAAUGUGAGGGACAUGAAAAUAUUUGUGAAUAAAGCUGUAAAUAUUUGUGACUGAUGUUAAACUGUAUUUUAAUAAUAAAAUGACUUUUCAAACAGA